AGGAGGAGAAGGGGACAGGAGGUUUGGUUGAGCAGCCGCUGUUUGUCUGUUCCACACAGGCUCGGGCCCGACCGGGGAGACGGAGCUCCAGACAUACUUCACUCCACUGUGGCCCAAAAUGGCCUUGAACUCUUCAUAGCACCACGAGUGCUGGGAUUAACUGCUUGACCCAGGAGGCCCUGCUCAGCUGCACUGAAAGUGAAAGGGAGGACUGGCCUCAGGCUUGAAGGACUGUUGAAGCCUGAAGUCCCUCCCCUUCCCCUCCCCCCUUUGCCGCUCUGUGGCAUCCCCCUCCCUCUACCCUUUCCUGCUUGGACAACCUGGAUAUGACUAGCAGAAGUACAGCCAGGCCCAAUGGGCAGCCCCAGGCCAGCAAAAUAUGCCAGUUCAAACUGGUCCUGCUGGGAGAGUCUGCAGUGGGGAAAUCUAGCUUGGUGUUACGCUUUGUCAAAGGGCAGUUCCAUGAGUACCAGGAAAGUACCAUUGGAGCGGCCUUCCUUACCCAGUCUGUGUGUCUAGAUGACACAACAGUCAAGUUUGAGAUCUGGGACACGGCUGGGCAGGAGCGAUACCACAGCCUAGCCCCCAUGUACUACAGGGGUGCCCAGGCUGCAAUUGUGGUUUAUGAUAUUACUAAUCAGGAAACUUUUGCCCGGGCAAAGACAUGGGUAAAGGAACUACAGCGGCAAGCCAGCCCUAGCAUUGUUAUUGCCUUGGCAGGGAACAAAGCUGACCUUGCCAACAAGCGCAUGGUGGAGUAUGAAGAGGCUCAGGCAUAUGCAGAUGACAACAGCUUAUUAUUUAUGGAGACUUCAGCUAAGACUGCUAUGAACGUGAAUGACCUCUUCCUGGCAAUAGCAAAGAAGUUGCCAAAGAGUGAACCCCAGAAUCUGGGGGGUGCAGCAGGCCGGAGUCGAGGCGUGGAUCUCCAUGAGCAGUCCCAGCAGAACAAGAGCCAGUGUUGUAGCAACUGAGGGUGGCUAGCAGCAAACACAUGUGGAGUUAGCACGAGAGCUAAGACAUAACCUCCAUCCCCACCCCUCAGCACACAGCCCCACGGUAACAGCACACUGAGCCCUGGCUCCCAAGGGCUGCACCUGACAGCUCUGUCAUGGCACUUUUUAAUGCUUCAGCAACCAACACCAGGCAGCUGUUGCCACCACUAUGCCCUACUCUGGGGUUUGGGGGUCAAAUCUCCCCAGGACCUUCCUUCCAAAACAAACUUUCUUCACUUUGUAUUCUAGGUGCAAGACAGUGGCCUCCUCAUUGCUACUCCCCCACUGUUCUUCCCGUGUCUCAGGGAAGACUUGUCUCCUGCCUCUUCCCUCUCCCUCCUCUCAUCACUCCCUGUCCUUGAUCCUGUUUCCUCCUCUUCCCAAGAUGAUGAAAGGUAAACCAGGGACUGAGAAGGGAGACAGUGUAAUUUUAGUUACAUUAAGGGCCCUGCAGGGACGGCAAGGCUCAGAGCAGGAAGGAGUAAGGAAAUACUUGUUUUGUUUUAUUUAUCUGGUAGGAGUUUCUUGUCUGUGAGACACUGCAGCACCCAUCAGUUGGACUGGUGGAGGGUGUUCCUAGGUAGGAGUGAGAUAGGGAGGGAAGCCUGCAGGCACCGUAUGGGAGUUGAAUCAGCUGACUGGAUAAAGGUUGAGGUGCAGUGUCAUCUGUGGCUCUGGAACUCAUCCCAAAGUUGUUCUCCCUCACCCACUCACCCCCACUCCAGUGUGGGGAUUAGACCUCCGAGUGCUCCAAAGAAUCUUCACUGGUUGCCUGCACCCUUAGCUCUGCUGUGAGUAAUUGGGGGAGGUACCAGUUUCUGGUACCCAUCCUCUGGUUUAUACAUAGGCAUUUCCCCUACCCUGGCCUUGAGAUGGCCUUCGCCCCAGACGCCAUGCCCCUGCAGUUUGCACUUUAAUUGAUGGUAGUUCAGUCAGCAUACAUGUUUUAUGGGGGUUUUGAUUGAUUUACCUAUCCUUCAACCUUUUUAAUUAAAUGGAAUGUACAAUGUAUGAGGUUUGGGGGCACUAUAGAAAACAGUAACAGUAGCAGCUACUCGAGCCCAGUCUCCACUGCUAGCCUCCGCUGGCCGAUUCAUGCCUCUGAGCAGCUGUGGAGUGGCUUCAGACAGCAUGGGCCAUGGUAGUGGAGUGAAGAAGGGUCAGGCAAAGGGAGUGUCUAUCUUCCCAGGGUUCACAUUCACCUUGCUAUAUCUCACCGUGUCUUUUCUACUUCCCUGUAAAUACUUAGUCUUUAUUCCCACUGUACAGGCCGUUCUGUCCCCUGUUGCCCCUUUUUUCUUAGUAUCUUGAGUUAGUUCCUCCUUCACCCACCCCCACUCUUACUUAAUCCAUGCACCACUAGAGGCUCCUGCCACAGAGGCCACUUGUCCUAUGACAGGCGCAGCUAGAACUGAAGGUGCCUCACAGCUGCCUUGUGUCAUCAGAGGGCGUGGUCCUUCCGAAGUCUCUGGCCUCUACAUCCUUCUUUAGGUGUUUUAGGAUGUCUGUGGGAAGCCAUCAAGGCAAGAGGGAACUCAGUUGUUUUGUGUGUUAGCCAGAAUUUUUGGGAAAUUUGCAGAAGAAAGGAAAGACCACAGUAACCUAGAGUUAGGGCCUUUCUGUCCCUUGGCUGACAGACUACCUUUUGUUCCUGAGAGCUGAGGAAUCCAUGAAGCCAAGAUUCUCGAGGACCCUGCUCAGGGUCUUCCACUUAGGUUUCAAUUCUCUUCCUUUUCCAAGGGCAGCCUUAGUUCUCACAGCCCUGAAACACACAUAAGUCUCCAACUUUUCCUAGAACCCAUGAGUCCUCCAAAGCACCAGGUGCCAUGUGGAGGCUCUGGGGUGGCUAAAUCUUCUCUGCAGUCUCUGCAGGACAAGAGUGAAGGUGUUUUAUUGCCUAGGGGCUGGGAGAACAAUUCCCUGGGCUUUUCUCCUCCCUCCCUCCCUCCCUCUCUUAGGAACAGUGUUGGCCUUAGCUCCCGGGCCUGGCUGCUGCCUCCCCCUAUCUACUCCUACCAGGUCUGCUGCCUUCAUUUGAGCUCUGUUGGGCUUGAGGGUUCUUGUUGUUCUUUGCCCACCCUCCUGUUAUCUUUUUUCUUUUGAUCAAUUUUUUGGGGGGAGGAGUCAUCUUUUUUUUUUUUUUUUUGCCUUUAUUUUUUUCCUAGGAAAGCAUUUGCCUUUCUUUCCCUCUCCUUCUAACAUAACAAUCGUGGUAACAGAAUGCAACUGCUGAUUUAUCAAUGUAUUUAAUGUAAGUAAAAAAGGAAAAAAAGAAAG